AUGGACAAAUACGAGUUCUGCACCCCGAACUUCGUGGUCGGAAAUUGCCUGUUGUUGGACAGCUCCAUCCACCAGUAUGACAGAGUUUAUUGUGGAGCAUCGUGUCCUGCUGAGCAUGAAAAUUACAUGAAAAAUUUGGUUCGUGUUGGUGGAAUUUUAGUGAUGCCUCUUAAUGACCAUUUGUUGCAAGUUACCCGAACUGGUGAAACAACAUAUGAAGUGAAAAAUGUGCUACCAGUGUCAUUCGCAUCCCUUGUCGUACCCAGCUCCAACGAGGCCCUUACUUCAGUGAAGCUUCCCGAAACCUAUCCGCUGUCCUUGCAAGAGAUCUGCCGCUCCGCCAUAAGGGUGCUGCUGAGGAGGAACGUGGAGAUGGAGAAUCCCACCCUGAAGGACAAGAAGAAGCCGCCCCACCCCAAGCGGAAGCGGGGCCGCAGACGCAUGAAGAGGAUCGUCAUCCCCAUCUUCGAGGAGAUGCGGAACAACGACGGCAGGAGGGGGAGCAGGUCCGACCUGGAGGACAGCAGGAGGGGCAGCCAAUCGGACGCCGAGCCCGGGAGGGGGGACAGCGGGAGGGGGAGCCAGAACGACGUGGACGACGGCGGGAGGGCGGUCCACCACCCGCCGCCGGUGGUGACUCGGCAGAACGGCAAAAUAGUGUUCAACCUGGACUACGACUGCGGCGAGCGAGAGUCGACGGAGCAGAAGAUGGAAGUUGCCGACGAGGACGACGCCUUCGUGGAGGAGUCUUUCCCCGAGUACAACGAGAAGGUGGGUGCCGAGCGCUCGGAGAGGGGCGGGGUACAUCCCACGACGGACAGCGGGAUAGACAAUAUCAGCGACGACUCGGUCGCGGACGACAGCGAGAAGACCGGGUCGUCCAAUCCCUCGAGCUCGCAGGAGCCGGAAGAGGGCGGUGCUACGAGGAAUCCCCUCUACCUCAAGAGGAGUGCCGAGGACGACGACGACGAAGACGAUCCCGGAACGAACGCUCGCGAGAGUCAAAAGUACCCCAACUAUCGGAGCACGGCGGUCAUCUUCAAGAGGGUGGCCUUCAGCGACGUCGAGAGCGACGAGUUCGACGACAGCGACUCCGGCAGAGACUGUUUCCCCCCCAAGGAGGAGUCCGAGGAGAAGAGCGACCUGUCCGGCUACACCUGCCUCAUGCGGCAGAAGAUCGCCCGGCUGCCCCUGCCGCACGCCCUGAAAGUCUUCUUGAAUUUCUCGAGGCCCGUGUGA